CCUCUGACCUCCAUAUACACUAACAAAAAAUAAUUUUAAAAAAAGUUAAAAGUCAUGAAUUCCAUCAAGUAGAAUGAUGUUACUAAGAGAAAGAAAGGAAGGAAGGAAGGAAGGAAGGAAGGAAGGAAGGAAGGAAGGAAGACUUGGACUUGCAGGUAUAGGACUGUCAAUACCCCAUCACCAAAAGAAAACCCAAAACUCACAGCUGUGUAGUCAGACAGACCUGGUGUUGGAGUCCUGUCCUGUGUGGCUUAGGCCUCAGUUUCAGGUCUUUUCACACGUGAUAAAGAAUGGCAAGUAGUAUGUCAUGGAGUUUCGUCCCCCUUUUAGACUAACACCUUGGACAGUCAAUAAAAUAACCAUCACUUGCUAUUCACAUGCCUAAUUUCCCGAUGGGGGGGUGCAGGAAAUGACUGCUCUUUGACUGCGUGUGGCAGGUGGGGUAGGCGCCUCUUGAAUGUGCUACCUCAGGCAGGCACGCCCUAAAGGCCUGAGGCUCACACCUAUGCUGGCCCUACCUUUCCAUUCUGCAUCUUGUGGUCUGCUGCUGUGUGCCUGCAAGUGCUUGGUGGCCGGCUGGCGGCUGGCAGAGUGUUUGGGGUGGUGGUAAUUACUAGGAUGGCCCGGCCCUAAUGAGUGUGAUCUCGUUACACUCUUGCUGCUUCUAAUGGAGCUAACCUCAUUUCACAGCCAUUAGAGAUGGAGAUGAGGCCCCGCCCACAGGCCCCACCAGCUGCAGCUUUCAAAGAUUUGGCCACGCUCUGUCCCCUGCUCCCCAUUCUAGCUCACCUCUCCUGUCAGCCCUCUCCCUCGUCUUCCUCCUGGGCCCCAUUGUUCUUUUCUGCGCCCAUCUCUCUCCCUCUCUCUCCCCUUAGGUUUCUCUCCGGUCUCCAUCUCUGGGCUGCUUUUCUUCCGCCAUUGCCUUGCACACGGUGUCUGACUCUGUCCUUCACAUGUCCUCCUCUGCCCUCUCUGGCACCUUCCCCUGCCCUUCGCCUCUGCCGCCCUCCCCCCCCCCACAUUGUCCUGUCUGGCCAGAGGACAAAUCUCCCGGGGAAGCCAGCAAAGACAAACAAAAAGCAGUGACUUCAUUAUGUUGGUUAAUUUGCCACUUCAGUCCCUCCCAUAAGGGUCAUAACCGGCGUGGCUUGAACUCAGGACUGACCUGGAGCUGAGUUAAGACCUUGAUGUUUUCACACAUGAUCCCUCACCCUCCCUCCUCUCGGGCUGUCUCCCUUGGACUAGACGGGUAGGGAAGGGUUCAGACUACCCCACCCUCCUCCUCUGGGGUUCUCCCCCCUUUUUCAUGCCAAAGUCACUUCUUCCUCUGGAAGAGGCCUGGGCUGGCCUCAGACUCCCUACACAGCAGAGGGUGGCCUCGAACUCUCAGCUCUGCUUCCACUUCAAGCGCCGAGGUGACAGGCACGGAUGCGCCGCCAUGCCUGACUGUCCAGCGCCUUUUUUUUCUUCUCUGCUCUUUUCUCUCCCACUCUCCAGUGCACUUCAGUCCCUAAAGCACCGGGCACCACAUGGUCUGAGGAAGCCUGAGGUGGAAGAAGAGGGCUGUGGCCUGGGAAGGCCAGUUUUCCAAACGGGAUGAGGCGGCCAAGGAGGGAAGAGGCUUGGGGGAGAAGAGGGGAGACCGGAGGAGCAGAUUGGAGGUAACAUGGCUCAGGGCUUGAUUGAAGUGGAGCGGAAGUUUGUUCCGGGACCUGACAUGGAGGAAAGGCUGCAGGAGUUGGGGUGCACUCUGGAGCAUCGGGUCACCUUCCGAGACACCUACUAUGAUACUUCUGAGCUAAGCCUUAUGCGGUCUGACCACUGGCUGCGACAACGACAAGGCAGUGGGUGGGAGCUCAAGUGUCCUGGAGUAGCAGGCGUCCCAGGACCCCACAAUGAGUAUGUGGAGCUCACAUCGGAAUCUGCAAUUGUGGCCCAGCUCUUUGACCUGCUGGAGGCUGAGAAACCAGAGAUGGCCGGUGUGGCUGCUGUCUUGCAUCCAUUGAAGCUGCAAGAAGUGGCUAGUUUUAUAACUACACGGAGUUCCUGGAAGCUGGCCUUAUCUGAAGGCCAUGAACAGGAGCCCCUGCUCAGAGUGGAUCUGGAUUCGACAGACUUUGGCUAUGCUGUGGGUGAGGUAGAGGUCAUGGUGCAUGAGAAGGCUGAAGUGUCAGCUGCCCUAGAGAAGAUCUUCAGCUUCAGUAGACUACUUGGAGUAGCAGCACAGGAGAAGGUACCCGCCAAGCUCUUGGUGUACCUACAGCGCUUCAGGCCCCUGGACUAUCAGCGCCUGCUAGAAGCGAACGGUCUCAGUGAAGCCACAGGGGACUAAACGUCGUGACUGCAGUUUAUGGGCACAGGGCUCACUUUGUAGGAGGGAAGGGAGCUCUGUGAAGCCGCCACCCACACCUGGACCCACCGUGCCCCUUCCCUUCCAACACAGCCGCUCUUGUCUCCAGCUCUGCCUGGUCUUUCACCCAUUCUCAGCUCCUCUUCCCUGAGCCCUCCCUCACUGCUUCCCUCAUCUGUCAGAUGCAAUCUGUGGGCCGCCCCUCUCCCCUGGCCGCUAAGCAGCCUCCAUUGAUUUCCGCUCGUGUUUAUAGGAUUUCCACUUAGCCGUGAUCAGUAGUUAAGCACAGGAAAAUCCCUUGCCACCCCCCUCCCGUGGUCGAUGCCAUUGAUUCUGCCAGCAGUUCUGAAGCCGCCUAACAGCUGAGUUAGAGAUGCUGGGAGGCAGCAGGGAUUUCCCCGCCUUGGGGUGUAGGGAAUAGCAACAAAGUGGGGAAAUGCUUGGGAACUUCUGUCAGAAAUCUGGAAAUUCUGCUGGGUCUGCCACUGUGCUCAGAGGGUAGAGCACCCUGCGUUUAGAGAUAAAUUUGCCCUCCAACCCAGAGAGGGGUAGAAAGAAAAUCAUCAGUGUUGAGACAGGUUCCUGGGGUUUCGGGAAGUCAUACUUCCUGUGGAGAAGGCUCUACCCUUGUUCCUACACAUUUUCUUCUCACUAGGUCAGAAUAUGGCUUUCUGCCCCCCUCAGGUUUCACAGGCUUCCUUUAUUUGUCUGGGAGGAGGCAGUCUCUUCAGAUUGUGGUGUUAAAUACAGGGCUGGAGUGCCACCUGCUGUCAGCCCUCAGGGCUGAGCCUCCCGCUGAGAGCGCAGAAAGGUUUUAGGUGAGCUGAGGCAGUUAUGAGGCAGGCUAGUUCAGGCACAGUUUAGCCGCCUGGGACUGCACUUGGUUUGGGCUCUCAUCUAACAAUGCACUUGCUCUCUGAGGAUCCUCCCUGCGUACGCACAUCCUUCUAACUACGCAACCUAGGACCCCCACCUGUAUUGAGUUUAUGUCCCACUUCCAGCAAUGGAAUAGGUCUCUCCUAUUUGAUAACCCUAGCAGGCAUCAAAAAGUACCCUUGUGUGGACAGUUUUUAUUCAAGCAUUUUAGAACAUACCAUAGUUUGAAAAAUAGGGAGCUGGUUGGGUCUAGAUGGGUUUGGGUGCAAGCAGGGUAAGGCAGAGUGUCUUUCCGGUGAGCUUUUAAAGAGAACUCCUAGUUACCAUCCCGCGCCUAUGCAGAAUGAGCAUAUGAUUAAAAUUAGAUGCAUCAUGGGAAGGGUCAUGCACAGUGAGGAAAGGCUUACAGAAUCCAAGCCUGUCAAUCAAAAUAGAGACCACUCAGAUUAUGCCACUUAGCAAUGAACUCCUCCUUCCCUAAGACCCCAUUAAAGCAGCAUCGGGCAGUAACCCUGGGCCCUUGAGUACUGUGGCCAUUGCUCUUAGUGUAUUUCUGAUUUGAGUUAUCACUUUGCUGUUGAAUAAAAUUUCCUUGCUACUGGC